UUUUUCAGCAGAUAACCCUCGAUAUUUUGCGCAACUGUUGUUUCUUUUACAUCAAGAAUAGUAAAAUAGCUUAAAAUCACCGGAGCUCUUACAACUGUAUAAUAAAGAAAAAAAUCCAAUUGAAUGUGCAGGUCUGAUAAAUCACUGGGCGUAUAAUGGCUGCUGAAAUAAAACCUGCUCCAAGGAGUGUAAGUGACAGAUUUAGUACUACCAAAAAACCUGUGUUAUUAAGUAAAUUAGAAGGAUGCAAUGACGAUAUUAAUGCUGCGGUUUUGAUACCUGGAGAAGAUGGAGUUAUUAGCGUUUGUGAUGAUAAAACUGUCAGAGUAUGGUUGAAACGUGAUAGCGGACAAUACUGGCCUAGUAUUUGCCAGUACAUGCCCUCAGGAUGCACAUCUAUGUUUUACACACCAGAAACAAAGCAAUUAUUCAUAGGUCAAGAAAACGGUACAGUCUCAGAAUUCACAUUGGAAGAUGAUUAUAAUAGAAUGACUAUGGUCAGGGAAUAUUUAGCCCAUCAAGCUCGUGUUACAGAAGUUAUAUUUGCAAUUAACUGUGAAUGGGUUUUAUCUGCAGGCAGAGAUAAAGUUUUUUCUUAUCAUUGUACGGAAACAGGAAGAAGACUGGGAGGAUAUACAUUCGAAGCCUGGUGUACUGCAAUGCAAUUUGAUUCUCAGUCUAAACAUGCAUUUAUUGGAGACUACAGUGGCCAAAUUAUCAUGUUAAAGCUAGAUCAUUCAGGAGCUGCACUCGUUACGACUCUUAAAGGCCACACAGGUAGCAUUAGGGCAUUGUCAUGGGCUCCAACUCCACAAUUAUUGUUUAGUGGUUCAUUUGAUCAAACGGUUAUAGUUUGGGAUAUUGGAGGUAGACAAGGAACUGCAUAUGAACUUCAGGGUCAUAAUAAUAAAGUAACAUCAUUAUGUUACUCUGGCACAUCACUGUGCUUACUGAGUGGAGGUGAAGAUUCAGUAGUUGUGUGCUGGCAAAUGAACAUACCACGACGUGAAACACCUGAUUGGAUAGAGAGUGAUACUUGUCAACUGUGCACAAGGCCAUUCUUUUGGAAUCUACGAGCUAUGAUGGAUCAGAGACAACUAGGAUUAAGACAACAUCAUUGUCGUCACUGUGGAAAAGCAGUAUGUGAUAGAUGCUCAGUUGGACGAGUAACUAUACCAGUAAUGGGUUUUGAAUUUCCUGUUCGUGUCUGUGAUCCAUGCAAUAACCAGCUUAAAGAUACAGAGAGGCCUUCCCUUGCAACUUUCCAUGAUGUAAAACAUAGUGUAACAGCUAUGAAUUUAGAUGAUCCAAGGAAACAAUUAUUGACUGUUGGACAAGACAGAGUAAUCAAAAUUUGGGAUGUAUCUGCAGUACUGCAAUAGAUGUAUAUAGACUACAUAGGUUACAACUUUUAUUGCAUGUGCCUACUGUAAAAAACUUACCUGUAAUUUUACAUGAAACAUUAUUUGCUCCUUCUUAUGUUUAUGUU